AUGAUCCAUCACUUUUAAAAAUCAAGCGAGAGCUGGUUAUCAUUGGAAGGUCAACCAAAUGUUCUGUUGAUGCAUUGCGAAAAAGGUGGUUGGCCUGUUCUUGCUUUUAUGUUAUCAGGACUAUUAUUGUAUAGAAAGCAGUAUCAGGAGGAGCAGAAGACUCUCGAGAUGGUACAGAAACAGGCUCCCAAGGAUCUUCUUCAUCAAUCGUCUCCUCUAAAUUCCCAGCCUUCUCAACUCAGAUAUCUUCACUACAUUUCUAGAAGAAAUUUAGGCCCUGAUUGGCCUCCUUCGGCCACACCUCUUCUUUUGGAUUGCUUGAUUCUCAGAGAUUUCCCACAUUUUGUGGGAAGUAACCAGUUUUACGGGUUUAUGGUCAGGACCCUAAAGCCAGAGCCAACAGAAGUUCCAUACUUCUCUUUUCCACACCCAAAGACAGAGAAACACACUCGUCUCAACCAACAGGAAGAGUGUACCCUAGUGAAGUUAGAUAUCCAGUACUGCCGUGUUCAAGGGGAUGUUGUUCUGGAGUGUAUAAUCUUGCAUGAUGAUUUGGUGCGUGAGGAGAUGGUAUUUAGGGUCAUGUUCAACACAGCAUUUGUACGUGGUAAUGUUUUAAUUGUCCAACGCGAUGAGAUGGAUAUGCUUUGGGAUGCCAAGGACCAGUUCCCAAAGGAAUUUAAUUAAUGCAGAGGUAAAACCAUUGUGAAAACUACAACAAAAAUGUCAUUAAAUACAACAAAAGCAAUGCGUAAUGCAUCACGCAAAGCCCAUCCACCUCAUCAGAUGCAUGGCCCACUACCUCCCCCAACGCGUGGACUAGCACCAAUACCUCCUGUUUGUGAACCGUUUGUGGGGCCGCCACCCCCACCACCAUGUGGUACAGGAGCUGCAGUUGAUCCCAAGGGUUCAGGCCUUCUACGUCCAAUGUAUGGAGCAC